AUGGGAAGCAGCCAGGCCAAGCAAGCUGAACUUUCUCAUUUCCCUUCCAUGCAGCACCUGCAGAAGCUGAGGGGACAAGGAGCUGGUUUCAGGUCCCAGGAGUUCAGCAGUGACCUGAGCAAGUGUCUUUCUACAUCCACAUCUCCAUCUCCAUCCACAUCCACAUCUACAUCUAUAGCUACGUCCACAUCUAUACCUACAUCUAUACCUACAUCCACAUCUACACCUACAUCCACAUCCGCAUCUAUAGCUACAUCCACAUCUCCAUCUACAUCCACAUCUCCAUCUACAUCCACAUCCACAUCUCCAUCUACAUCCACAUCCACAUCUACAUCUAUAGCUACAUCCACAUCUAUACCUACAUCUACAUCCACAUCCACAUCUACACUUAUAUCUACACCCACAUCCACAUCCACAGCUACAUCCACAUCUACACCUACAUCCACAUCCACAUCCACACCUACAUCCACAUCCACAUCUACACCUACAUCCACAUCCGCAUCUAUAGCUACAUCCACAUCUACAUCCACAUCCACAUCUAUACCUACCUACAUCUACAUUCACAUCCACAUCAACACUUAUGGAAAGAGAGUGCCUUUUCCCUAA